UAAUAGCAGAGAACAAUAUAAAUUAUUUAGACAGUAUUAAUAUAUAAAGGACCACUCAGUUUGCCUUCUCUGUUUAAACAAGCAAACUAUUUUAUUUUUUUCUCCUUUGUUCGUUGGGAAAGCUUUUCAGCAAUAAAAAACAGGAGAGUAGAAGAGGAAAAAGAGAAAAGCAGAAACCAGAAACUGGGUUCUCUAGUUAUAGUAAGCUUAUUCGCUUUGUGGGUAUUGAAUGAAGAAUAUGAUAGAGAGAGAUUUUUUGGGUCUAGCUUCAGAAAACAUUCCUUUUACUGUGAAAGAGGAGACCAUUGAUAGCUCCGAGGAUUUGGUAUCAAUGAGAGGUUCAGCAAUGCAGUGGUCUUUCUCAAACAAGGUUUCUGCCAUUCCUCAAUUCUUGUCAUUUAAGUCUAGUCUGGAAGAAAAGCCAAGAAAGACUAUUCAUGAUCCCCUUAUAUCUUCUGGAUUUACUCCCAUUUCAACUGCUGAUGCUUUGGAUUCCACCCGAAAGACAUUCUCUAGCAUCGUUCAGAAAAAAAUGACUCUUGAUAAACAAGGGACAAACAAUUAUGCAACGACAACUUAUUCUGUGCAACACUUUGAUGGAUAUUCAAUCCAUCGCCCCCAGCAAAUGAGGAUAUUCCCAGUUUCCAAUCAACAGAAUCAAACAAUUACUGUUUCUAUGAGCAAUCCUGUUUUGCAAUCCCAUUUUACUUCCACAGGUCACAAUAUGAUUAGUAAUGCCAUGAACUCUCUAUCUCUUGAAGGAGUACAAAGCUUAAGCCCUGCAUCAGUUCAUCCCACUCCAAGUUCUAUUGUUGGCACCACUGAUCUUAGAAAUGGGUCUAAAUCCCCAGGAGCACCUGCUCAGUUGACCAUAUUCUAUGGUGGUUCUGUUUGCGUUUAUGAUGAUAUUUCUCCUGAGAAGGCUCAAGCUAUGAUGCUGUUGGCUGGACAUGGAUCUUCAGUGACUCAAAAUAAGAUGUUCUCGACAGCUCAAGUGCAGGCACCGAUCACAAGGGCUUCUGCUGGUGAUGGUUAUAUUGAGAAUAAAGUCCAUACUACAUCUCCAUGCUCAGGCCUCCCAAGCCCCAUUUCUGUGACUUCUAGCAGUCCCAAUGAAUUAGCAGCAGUAAGAUCAGUUGGAGCUUUAGCAUCUGGAAGUAACCAAACAGAAACCCCCAGGGCAAUUACUUCUGUAGGACCUGGUUCUGCAACCCUGAUUCCAGCAGUGGCUGUACCUCAGGCUCGUAAAGCAUCAUUGGCUCGGUUUUUGGAGAAGCGCAAAGAAAGGGUGAUGAAUGCCUCUCCAUACAAUGUUAGCAAGAAAUCUCCAGACUGUGCUGCCAGUGGAUCAGGAAAUGUGAGUUUGUCCAUCAGUUCUUUUUCUUCUUCCAGUCAUCAAUGAGCGGUCAAAAGGAGCUCCGAUUCAGAGGACUCAAGACCAUAAUUAUGUACUCUACAAGUAUGUAACAAAGAGAGAUAUAUUUGUUCUGAUAUCAACUGUAAGCUUAAUUCUUUUCACUUAAAAAUAUUAGGUUUCCCUUAGUUUCUUAGAUAUAUGUUUCCUAUUUAUUUUUUCUUUCCUAUCACUACCAAUAUCAUUUUUGUUUAAAUUUUGAUGUGACAGUGUUAUUUGUGGAGAUGACACUGUGAAUGAACAUCUUGUAACUUAUGUCAACUUCCAAUAUGUUGUAAAAUUAUUGUUAUACUGUUA